CGCCGGCAAACCGACCUCCACGCACACGCGCGCCCCAGGUCCGCUACGCCGAGCAACGCCGGCCCUUUGCGGCCAGGAGCCCUGACGGCGCUUCCACACACCAGGACAUUCCACCCGGAGACACCACCGCGCCAGCGCCGGCGUUCGCACACAAGGCUCUGCGGACUAAAGAGAUGGAAAUCGUGCCCGAGGGAAAAAACUUCCGAUUGGUAAGCGAAGACGAGCUCCCAGCGGUCGCCGAUUUCUUAGUGCAGUUUAUACCUGAAUCUCUAAAGUUUCAUCAGACGAUUCAAACAUAUCUGAACAACAAGGUGUGGGACUUCCAUUUUUAUGUAGCGAAAAAUUGGCCGGAGGAUCCAAUCUGCCUACAUUUUCCUGGAUGCACCAGUACGCCCAACAGUCACCCAUACGAGAGCGUCACAAUAUUCUGCCCGUCGGAGCGCGCGGAACUAGUCGACCUGCUCACUUCCGAAGACAUUCUACUGGAUCUCACUCAACCAUUGUACCUGAACUUUACUCACGAGGCCAUCGUCAACCGCUUGGAGAAGCGGUAUGAGGCCCACGACAAGAUCACUGGAGAUGUCUACGUGUGCGAGAAACCACCAGAAGAUAUUGCUGAAGAGCUGCCAUCGGACGUGGAGUUAGUGCGCCUGCAGCCCGAGCACAUGAAGGCAGUUCACGACCUGUACCCCGCGAGCGACAUCGAGUGCCGGGAAGUGUUCGAGAAGCUGGUCGCCGAGCUGCCUGCGUACGGCAUCUUCGUCGAAGAUCAACUCGCGGCCUGGAUGGUGCAGUCCUACUACGGAGCCAUGUUUUCUAUGCAAACGAGACCUGAAUUCCGUAGGAAAGGCUAUGGGAUCUUCUUAGCGAGGCGCCUCACCAAGGAGGUCGCCAGUAGAGGCUAUAAGCCCUUCGUCGUGAUUCGUCCGGAGAACGACGCGUCCCGUUCGCUCUACUCCAAGCUCGGCUUCGAAAAACGUUUUCGAACGGUGCGCGCCGUCUUGCGCCCUCGCUAACGCGUUAAAGUUGAUCACUAGCAGAUUUUAUUUUUUUAAGACUUUUGAAAAAAAUCAAUUUAGCUUGCGAUCUUUGAUCGCUUAGAAAAUUCUAGUAGUAGCUACGAGUAUAAGAUGGAGCGACUAGUGCUUUCGAUAUGUAUCAUUCCGAGUUUCACGAUGUUGAAACAGAGGCUUAGAUUGUAGGUAUACUAACAAAAUGAAGAAACGAAUUUACUGUAACAAUCGGUAUCUAAUACUCAAAAGUUUUUCAGCGUUCAAAAGAUAAUGCUAAAAUGAAGAGUUUAUAAAUGCCAUUAAAAAAAAUUUAGGAGCACGGAAGUAGUUGCAGCCAAGUUUUCAUUUGAAAGUCUAGUCGCUCGCUGCGUUUUAGCGCCAGCCUAGUUACUGAUCUCAGAGUCGCUAACUUGUCAGGAAGUUCCAUCUCUUAAAAUUACUUAUUGCUUUAUUUUACAUUGCCUAGAUUUAUACUUACAGGUACAAAAUACCGCACUGUAACGCUCAACUCAGUUUAUUUAAUUUUAGAGGAUUAAGUUAAUCGAUCGAUAGCCGUUCAAGGUACAACUUCCUGACACAGUUGGCCUCAAAUAACUCAUUUAGGCGAACGCUUCAUUACCACUCGUUGAUCGAGCGGAACUAUUCUGUCUCAUGGUUUAUGAAAUUUUGGGACCCGUUUUGAACUGUGUGAUAGCUUUAACGUACUUCGACGUAUCAGGAGAAGUGUAUGCGUAUCAGUCUGCGUUAAUAUAUAAAAUACAACAUGAGAAAGAAAGUUACCGACUUAGCACUCGAGUUGCACAAUUCUUCAAAAGAUUUUAAGCACCAUUAUUGUUCAUCUGACGCUAGGAAAUAUUAUGGUUCAAUAAAAAUGUUAGGGGCUAUAAUUUUUAUGACAUUCAAUAAGAUUACUUUUCGACAUAUAAUCUGGUGGAACUAUUAUACAAUUUUCAUUGUAGUAUUGAUAGAUUUUGAUAAACCUCUUAAUACGGGAAGAGUUAAAGAUUUUAUUUAUUUUAUACUUUUUUGAUACGUGAAAAGAUAUAAAAAGGCUGGAACAUGAGUAUUGAAAGUUGUUGUGACGUGCGUUUUAUACAUGAUAGUACUUAUUUCCAAAAAAAAUCGCCUAUGGUAGAUGAGUUUUGAAUAACCAGUUUUUGGUUACUAUAACUUUUGUAGGGACUAUGUUUUUAUAUAAGGAAAGAACAUUGAAUGAAUUGAAUGACGCAAGGAUACCAUUAAGAAUUUGAUACGAAAUGUAGAUAGGUAGGUAUUUCAAAAUGGGAAACUAUUUUACAAUUAUAUAUUGGCGUAGUUUAUUCAUAAUGUUUGUAUUCAAUAUAUUAUACCAGAGAAUGUUAAAUAAUUAUAUUAUAUUGAUUUAGUCAUUGAUUUUUUACUGUAGUACUUAUAAUAUUUAGUUACAUUGAGUACGUUUAUAUUAGAGUGUACGCUUAAUUUACCUUAUAUUUACGUGGAUUGUCUUCCUAAAGACUGCGUAUAGUGAACAACAAAAGAAAGGCAUGGGUAUAGAGCAAACAAGUUUGAUGUGGGUAAAUGAAAAGUGGCCGUUAAAAUUUAAAAAAAAAUAUACAUACUUAAUAAUUAUAUUGCGUUAAAAUAAAAAAUAUGAUAUAGGAAAAUAAUUAUGUUCCUUCAUAGACUGCGAAAAGCAUUUUUUUUAAUCUAGCACAUUGCUUUAAGUAAAAAAAUUGGCAUUUAAUAUUAUCUUUGCUCAAAAUUUAGAGCUUCCACCAUUCAUUAAAAAUUGAAUGCGUCAAAAUGCAAAUGGCCAAAGUUAAGUACCUACACUUUCUAAAAACAAAAAAAAAUACCGUACUAACUCAUUUAUUAACAAAAUAACGAAAACUAUAUCCUAGAAUAAUUACCAGUUUAAUGAUAACUAUAAUGUGCAUAAAUAAAAUCAUCUCAAAAUUUAAAUUAAGUAGACGACAGUGUCGUGAAAAAAAGGCAUAGUUAAUAUACCGUUGAACCUAGUUAAACUAGGAUUACAAAAAUUGUUCUAUGUAAUGAAAAAAUUAAAAUAAUCGAGGCGCAUGGCAGUGCGCCAGGUCAAGUUCCGACUUAACGCACGUAGUGUGACUUUUAAUUUUUUUGCAAAGGCAUGCAUUUUUCGGUUUUAUAAAUGAAGGUCUUAAACUCAAACUCGAAUAACUACUUUAACAGGAUCUCACCUAAGGUUGGGUAGAACAGAAAUUUCUCUAAGCACUUUGGAUAGAGCUAAGUUGUAUUUUUCAUUUUACUGAAAAGAAUACGUACUUACUUAGAAAGUUUUCAAUUUUUAUGAAUAAAACUGAUUACAGCAACACGAUAAGCUGCCAUCUGUCGUCUACUUAUUUAAAACAUCUAAAAAAUCAUUAACAACAUGCAAAUCAUGCUAACGCUUUCCCACUUUCCUACUAAUGGUAGGUACAUACGAUUUAAGUAGUUCAAAAAAUAUCUCGAAAAUUUUUUAAUUGUAAGAACAGUUUCUCUGAACACUUUCCCUUGCCUAAAUAAACAAUGAACAUUUCAGGACAAGUCUCCGUCCUCGACACUGCAGUAGGCUUGGUACAUCUCGAUAUGUCGAUAGAUUUCGAAUAUAAAAACACUAAAAUGAUAAAUUAAAAUACAACAAUAAGAAAUACAACUACUGCCCCAAGCGGAAACUUUGCAACAUUGAUGUGCUGAGCUGCUCUAGAUAAAUUAAUUCUUUCUGAGUGAUAGUGUUUCCAUAUUUGAAAUCUAUCGACGUUAUCGAGUUGCGUGUAUUAAGCGUACAGUUGACGCGACAAUAUAAUCGCGGUAGAUAUAUUUUAAAAAUCGAUAAUAAACAUCUGCAGCUACACAAAAUGUAGUGUCCGUUCUGUAUUGUUUAUCACAUUUACCUUGCAAAGGUAUCAAAAAAUUAAUAAAAAUUAUAUAUUAUAA